AUGGCUGCCCCGUCGACCCCCGCUCCCUGCAUCAGCAGCUUCAUCACUGAUGGGCCGCGCAUGUGUUGCUCGUGCGGCGUCAAGAGCGACAAGCCCGGCCAGGGUUGGGCCAAGUACACGGUGAUCAACAAAGGGAAGGAGUCUGAGCGCCGUGAGCCUAUUGAAGAUCUUUGUGACAUUUGCCCGCUCGGGGUGGUACAUGGCCAGUUCGACUUCGCGUCCAAGUCUGGCUUGGAGUCUGCGGUCCGCUCAAACCCUAGCGUUGGCGCUAGGGUCCACGCGGCCGGCCUGGCGGCCAAGGACAAGGGCCUCGGCAAGCAGACGUUCCAGAUGCAGAGCGCCGAGGAAGUGACCAGCACGACGGCCGAGCUCGUCCAAUGGGGCAAGCUAAUCGACAAAGAUCAGUUCUCAACCCAGUUCGGCUUCGACCCGGAGACCAAGGACAUCAAAGAGAGCAGCAUCGAGGGCCGUUACGGGACCAAAGCGGGCUAUUGCGUCGAGGACGUCGAGGCUGGGUGCCAGAUCCGCUUCAGCACGACGUUUCAGGUCAGUGGGACGGCCACCAUUGUGCCGCCAGAGCGCCAGGUUCGUGAGAACCAAGGUAUGGACGUCUUCAAGCGCGGCGCUUUCAAGGUGGUCGGGACCGAGGGCAUGCAGGUCACGCCGUACUCCGCCGCCGACCUGGAUAUUAUCAAGCGGGAGGUCCUUGCCGAGCAGGACCGCGCGAUGCAGGACUUCGCAGCGGCCAACGCCCAGGCCCCCGAUGGAUCCGCCAUGACCGACGAGGGGCCUCAGCCUAUGGAGGUUGAAACCAUGGAGGUGAUGCUCGCCGACGAAAACGAGGAGGAGGCCGCGGCGCCCCCCAGCAAGGGCUCGGGCGGCCGUGGCCGCAAGGGGAAAGGUCGUGGGGACACCAGCGCCGGCAGGGCCAGGGGAGAGGGGGACAGCGGCGGCAGGGGUCAACGACGGCGCCUGUCCGACGCGUCUUCCGCUUGCGGCAGCGCCGCCGCCACGCCCGCCACGCCGAGUCCAGCAUCGAAGAUGGCCCGAUCCUCGUAUUCUGAGAAGGUCCCGAGACCCGGCGGUGGCGGUGGCCAGCUUCCGAAGGGGCAGACCUACAUCAACAAGGUCGCCGACAUCCAUAGCAUCUUGGAUGGCAGCUACACCCCCAACAUGGACUUGUACCAGCUGCGACGGCUGAUGAACUCGCUGACUGGCGAGGAUGGCAGGGUCUCCGACCCUGGACUCUUCCAGCAGAUGAAGUCAGCAUCGGAGCUCGCGGCGCACGCCAAGGAGAUGGCGCCCACCAGGCUCAUGCUGCUGGACGACGCGACGCUCAAGGUCAGCCUCAAAGCGCUGAAGUCCAGAGGAGUGAUACUGCAGCUGGUGACCAAGAAGGGCUUGUGGCAUCGCCAGGUCGUCGCGGCCGUCAAGGACCUGAACUUCCAGAAGCUCAGUCAGCUGUUCCUCGGCUCCCCCAGCGGCUCCAGCGACGAGGCGAGGGCUUGCCGAAAUGAGCAGGAGGAUCCGAAGAGUCAGAUGAGGAGCAAGAUGGGGCUGGGGCCCGGGGACAGUACGUGGCCUACCUUGAUGUCAGAGAUCGAGAUCCAGGACCGCGUCGAGUGUCUCUCGUACGUCAUCGUCGACCUCGUACUCUUGCCAGUGGUGGUAGCGGGCAGCAUGCAGGGCUACACCCAGAAGGUGCUGCAAUGCUGCAAGGUCGUCCUGGAUAUUCUCACGAACAACCAGGAGCUCGUCCAGAUCAAGACGUGCUGCAGAGGCGUGGCUGCCAUCCUCGACCCGCUGCCAGGUGCCUGCGGAUCUGAGCCGGCGGACGUCGAGUUCGUCUGGGCUGAGGAGGAGGAGGGGGGCCACCACGACGACCCUUCCGAGCACCAGAAGCGCAUGACACUGCUCCGCAAAGCGAUCACCGGGGAGGCGACCAUCAAGGCUCUCUAUGCUCAGUGGGAGGCCUCUCUCUUGUUACCCGACCAGACCGGCGAGGUGGCCAACCUCAGGACAGCCGUGGACGCUCUCAAGGGUGACACCGCCGACGCAAACAAGUUCCGAGAUGUCUUCAAGUUGAUGCCUAAGUUGCAGAUGAACCUCCGCGAUGGGGCCCUGCAGGACAUCGAGACUGAGGUCAUGUCCUGCGUGGCGGAGCGCGUCAAGGAGAUCCAGGGCAUUGACCAGAUGGAAGGUGACCGCCUGGCGCGUUGCUUAGCAGAAUUCUACCCCGACGCUAACGCAUGCAUGAUUGGGUGCAAGCCUGGUGCCUUCAAGACUUCUCUGAAGAAGGAGUUGGGCGUGCUCGCGCCAUUGCAGGCGGCCUCGCAGUCCCUUCAAAUGGUCGUUGCUCUCGACAACGCGUGCAAGAGCAUUGAAGAAGGCCCUGGGGGUGGAGUCAUCCUGGCGGAUUCGGUCGAUGAGCAGGGCCGCAUCAACGAUGACUGGGCCAAACUCUUUGAGGCCAGGAAGGCUUGCCACGGCCAGAAGAUCCCACCGCUUGCUGGCGACGACGACCAGAGGAACAUUUCGAUCAGAGCCUUCUACCGCCGUAUUUGGGAUAUCAUCCAGAGCCAACCAUUCAGCGAGUGGCACGGCCUCGACGCUUGUCGGAUCAAUCUCGUCAAGGACAUCGGCGACAUGCUUCCUCAAGAAGAGCGUGCCAAUGGCUCCGACAUUGCUUUCCAGAUGGCCAUCCGCAUCGUCGAGAUCCACUCCAUCAUGGUAUUCCUGGGGAUGUGCGAGCCAGAUGCCAAGAGCCAGGAGGUCGACAAGCUCACGCGCACCCUCGCGCUGGCGCCCAUCAAGGCCCCCGCUGAGGACGACGCAGAAACGAUCCGCAUGCUUAGGAGUCUGACUGAUGGCCUACGUCAGGUGAAGCAGGACGCCAACGACCUCCGCGUUCGCCUCAUCUGCGAGUUCUUAGCCGCGGUUGCAACUGACAUCGAGACGAUCCAGGCGAAGCUCACGAAGAACGCUUACGGCGGCAAGAACGGUCAUUCAUGGAAGCAGCCGUUGAACGCCAAUUCGCCCAUCGCCGAGGUCCGCGAGGCGGGGGACAAGCAUCUCUUAAAGUUAAACGGCCAGGAUAUGAUCGACGACUGGAAGAAGGGACUGGAAGUCGUCAGGGCGGCCCAGAAGCUGGUGGCGAAGUACAAGGACGUCGAUGGCGUGAAGGAGUCUAGGGCGUUGAAGGGUACCGACGAGGCGAUCAAGCAGUGUUUCGUUGUGGUGAGGGUCGCCAGGGUCACGAUCACGGAGGCGCAGCUGCUUAACUGCGAGGGUGAUCCUUCGAAGGAGGAUGCCAAGAAAUGGGUGAAGCUCCUGGCGUCUUGCGGCGCAGAUCCCUCAUCCAUGCACCCAGUGUUGUACGCGAUGUUGCAGAAGGUGCUCCAGGCCCAG